AUGUCUGCGAAGUCAAUACAAGGCCCUGGCGGCAAGAAGCCCGCUUCGGCCGCUACAAAUUUGAUCGCUGGUGGAGGCGCAGGCAUGAUGGAAGCGCUCGUGUGCCAUCCUCUAGACACCAUUAAGGUCCGAAUGCAAUUGUCGCGGCGAGCGCGCGCACCAGGAGCACCUAAACGCGGCUUUUUGAAGACGGGUUCAGAGAUUGUCAAACGGGAAACACCGUUGGGUCUUUACAAGGGUCUCGGUGCUGUCCUUACCGGCAUUGUACCGAAGAUGGCUAUCCGCUUCACAAGUUACGAAUGGUACAAGCAGUUAUUAGCAGAUAAGGAGGGCUUUGUCAGUGGACGAGCGACAUUCCUAGCUGGUCUGUCUGCGGGUGUCACCGAAGCCGUCGCCGUCGUCACGCCCAUGGAAGUUGUCAAGAUUCGAUUACAAGCGCAACACCAUUCCAUGGCCGAUCCCCUCGAUGUGCCCAAAUACCGCAACGCCGCGCACGCUCUUUAUACCGUUGUCCGCGAAGAAGGAUUUGGCGCUCUAUAUCGCGGCGUCUCACUAACGGCACUCCGACAAGGCUCAAACCAGGCUGUCAACUUCACGGCAUACUCAGAGUUCAGGGCUCAGCUUCAGAAGUAUCAUGGUACAACUGAUCUUCCUGGCUACGAAACGAUGUUCAUCGGACUUGUCUCGGGCGCCAUGGGACCGUUGAGCAAUGCGCCUAUUGACACUAUCAAGACGAGGCUGCAGAAAACGCCUGCUGAACCGGGACAGACUGCUAUGGGUCGGAUAAUGGCGAUUUCUAGGGAUAUGUGGAAACAGGAAGGAAGUCGAAGUUUCUACAAGGGUAUCACACCUCGCAUCAUGCGUGUCGCGCCCGGUCAAGCCGUUACAUUCACCGUUUACGAGUACUUGAAAGGUGUUUUAGAAAAGAAUAGAGAUAUGCUGCCGGGUGGUAAGGGGACUGUUGAUACCACUUCGCAUCGUUCUGGAGCCUCUGCGGAGCUCCAAGAAGCCCUCCAGAACCUGAUAACCUCCACGACCCAACGCGGUAUCCUCGCCACCAUUUCGCAAGAAGCCAUAGUUCCUGCAGCUCCUAUACCGUCGACGCAUGAAACGUUCCUCGAGGACCUCUCAAACCUAAAAGACUUCAUCAAGCCUAAUGAAGCGCUCUACAUCCUCCUCCGCCGCAACGACGUCCUCUCCUCUCCAGACAAAUCCCUCGUAGCCGUCACAUAUGUCCCAAACGCCGCGCCAGUGCGCCAGAAAAUGCUGUUUGCUUCAACACGACUGACACUAGUCCGAGAGCUCGGCGGCGAGCACUUUCCCGAGAGCAUAUUUUGCACCGAGGCCGACGAAUUGACGGCUGGGGGAUGGGAGAGGCACGUCAAGCAUAGCGAGAGCUCGAAUCCACUUACUGCAGAAGAGCAGAGUCUACAGGAUAUCAAGGAGGCGGAGGCGCUGGAGAGCCGGGGCACGCAGGGCCAGAGCCUUGCGCAAGGGGGAAGGCUAGCGAUUCGCGCGGAUGACGAGAUCUCUGGUGCGUUACGACAGCUCGGCGAAGGCGGAAGCGACAAUCUCGUACAACUACGCAUGGACCUUCCUACGGAAACUCUAAAGUUUGUUUCAUCAUCGUCCGCGUCGGCCGAUGGCCUUGCGUCCUCCAUCGACAAGCAGGAACCCCGAUUUUCGUUCUACAGACAUGAUGAUCCAGAGUCGUCUAUCGUGUUUAUCUCGACGUGUCCCAGCGGGGCGAAGAUCAAGGAGAGAAUGUUGUACGCGGCGAGUCGGAGUAAUGUUAUCAGUCUAGCGCAGAAUGAGGGUGGUUUGAAGGUCGCGAAGAGAUUGGAGGCAACGAAUCCGGACGAGGUCACGGCGCAGGUGAUCGCGGACGAGUUCAAGGUGGAGGAGAAAGAGGAGAAGAAGGGGUUUGCGAAGCCAAAGAGGCCCGGACGGAAAUAG